AUGCCUUAUCCUUACGUAUUUUCUCCUACUCAACCACCUGUCAUACAUUCGAAUGAAUCAAGAAGGACAACUAUUGAUCCAUCUAUCAGCGACAAAGAAUCUCUAACAUCAUCAUUUGUUCCUGCAACUCAGUUGCCACCACACUCAUCGCAAGAGGAGCGUGAAGUUGAGCUGGAGGAAAAUGAAUCAAAACGAAGAUUUUGGUCUCUCGAUGAAGAUGUGGUCCUUGCGAAGUCAUGGGCAACUAUAAGCACUGAUGCAAUCAUUGGUAAUGACCAAAAGGAUCAAGCUUUUUGGAAACGUAUAGCCGAUUACUACAACAAACAUCACCCCACUGGAUCUAUGACGAGAAGUUAUCAGCGGCUGAAAUCACAUUAUUAUAGGUAUGCACCGAUGGUAAAUGAAUUUUCUGCAACUUAUAAUAAUUUUUAUACUCAUCGGCAAAGCGGUUGGAGUGACGAGAAUGUAUUGGAGAAUGCAUUGAAUAUGUGA